AUUGCGGCUAAUUUAAACAACGUCAUUCAUAGAAGGUGGUUCAUCUGUUCAAAUACAAAGAAAUAACGAGCUGAAAAAUGAUAACAAUUAUAUAAUUAGGUUUACAGCGUAGUCCAGAGCUCAUAAGUUGCUGUGAACCGCAAAUAAUCAGAUAUAAUUAGGAUUGUACAACUUUUGUUCUUUUGUUUCACGCAGACAGAGUUAGCAGUGGUUAGCAGUGUGAAAUGUCUUACUGGAUCUGCUGCAACAAAUGCUACCUUUACCCCAGUCCUGAGAGGAGACUGGCCGUUACAACAUGUGGUCAUCUCAUCUGCAAUGUCUGUUAUCAACAAGGUACACAAGGAAACUGUCAAGUUUGUGGAGUCAGUUGUCAAGUAUCACCACUUUCUAACAAAAGCAACCCAGAGGUUAAAGCCUUGUUUUCUGACAUCAAGGAUGUUGCAGCCAAACACUUUGCAGAAAUCAGAAAGGUUGUACUGUUUCAGACAAGACAUCAGAAAAGAUUGUUGACUUACUACCAGCAAAGGAAUGAGAAACUAGAAGAGGUUUUAGUUAAGAUGAAACAAGAAAUUCAGCAGAUGACAAAGAAACUGAAUGAACAGACUGUCUACAUCACUAAGCUGGAGAACUGUCUUCAGCAACAGAGUGACAGACCUUUGUCAGCAUCUAAGAGGAGCCAAAACACUUCAAAUGGACAAAAACCAGUCCCACAGAUCCCAUAUAACUCCUCCAUGUGCCUCACAAGACACUCCUCCUCUUCUAACGUAAGCAGUGAGACCAUGGUUCACGAUGACAGGUUCAAAAGACUUAAAACAACUCCUACUCUGCCAUUAAUCAGUCCCAAACAAGAACAAGGCCACGCCUCUCAAAGGUCAUCCAUUCAGAACAUGAUGGAUGGCCGCUCUCUCCGACUGCCAACUGUUGGCAGUCAGACAACCAUCCACAGACAACCAUCGAUGCAGGAGCUUUCCUUCAGCCAGAGUCCUUUUUGGUCAUCCCCCACCUUCAAGCCCCCCACCUCCUUCAGACACUCCAUGUCCUCUCUGGUCUGCCCUCGUCCUUAAAACCACACAGACAGUAACAGAAUAAAUGUGUUGUUGCACAUUUUUGUUUUUAUGUCUUUCACGAGGUCAGUUAGUAUUAAAACCGCAGAGAGGUGUAAAUGACCUUACUAAAACCUGUGAAACUUUAUUACUGUGUCUAUUAAUAAAUUGUUGUUCCAUUUUGCUUUCGACUUUUACAACUAGAAUAUAUAUUCAUUCCUGUUUAUUGCUUUCUUAACAACU